AUAUAUAUUAGAUUACGUAAAAAAAUUGGGUCAAAUUAAACAAAUUACAAAAACAAGAACAAAAUCGAGCCCGUAAUUUCCCUCCAGUAGAGGAAAUCAAAUACCGCCUUGCUAACUUGAGUCGGUAGCGUAAUCAGUGAACCAAGAUGCUGUUUGCUAACGGGAGAAAUGUUCCACAGAAAUCGAUUUUCAAUCUGUAAACUUUACCGACUCAUUACACCACUCGAAUGUAUUCAUACAAGCUCCCAACACAUUCCACAACCUUCGCAAUUUUCAACAUGCCAACUUGCUUCAUUCUGGCAAUCUUCUUCUUUCCCUUCAAAUCUUCAACAUGGCAAACAAUUUCACGCCCAGCUCAUCCUCAAUGGAAUUACUACCGCCAAUCCCCUUCUUCUGGCUAUGUAUCUUCGUUGCGGUAGCUUUGACGAUGCCAAGAACCUGUUUUAUCAGAUUGAUUUAGGAUGUGUAAAGCGUUGGAAUUUGAUGAUCAGAGGGUUUGUUAAAAUGGGUUGGUUUCAUUUUGCCAUGUUGUUUUAUUUUAAGAUGCUGGGUUGUGGGGUUUCUCCUGAUAAUUUUACUUUCCCUUCUGUAGUCAAGGCUUGUAGUGCUUUGAAUAAUGUAAGAUUUGGUGCUUUGAUUCAUGAGGUGAUUAUGUUGAUGGGUUUUGAACUGAAUGUGUUUAUCGCUAGUUCUUUGAUCAACUUGUAUGUAGAGAACCGUUAUAUUAAUCGCGCUCGUACUUUGUUUGAUAAAAUGCCAGUGAGAGAUUGUGUUUUGUGGAAUGUGAUGCUUAAUGGAUAUCUUAAAUGUGGGGAAUUAGAUAAAGUUAUAGAGAUUUUUGAGGAAAUGAGGAAAGGUGAAUCAAAGCCAAAUGAGGUGACAUUUGCUGCUAUUUGCUCUGUGUGUGCUUCGGAAGGAAUGGUGGAUUUUGGUACUCAGCUUCAUGGCCUUGUUGUUAGUUGUGGGUUGGAAUCAAAUUCUAUGGUGGCAAACACGCUUUUGUCCAUGUAUUCAAAAUGUGGGUGGUUGUCUGAUGCUCAUAAAUUGUUUGAUACGAUCCCUAAUACUGAUUUAGUGUCUUGGAAUGGAAUGAUUUCGGGAUAUGUACAGAAUGGGUUUAUGGAAGAUGCUUCAUGUUUGUUUAAGGAGAUGAUAUCUUCUGGUGUGAAACCUGACUCGAUCACCUUCUCAAGUUUUCUUCCCGCUGUUACUGGGUUGGGAAGUUUCAGAAAAGGUAAGGAAAUCCAUGGAUAUAUAUUAAGACAUGGUCUGCCUUUCGAUGUGUUCUUGAAGAGUGCACUUAUUGAUGUAUACUUAAAGUGCAGGGAUGUGGAGAUGGCGCGCAAUGUUUAUAACCAAAGCACCAAGGUUGAUGUUGUCAUUUGCACAGCUAUGAUUUCAGGAUAUGUGCUUAAUGGGAUGAACAAUGAUGCUUUAGAGAUUUUCAGGUGGCUACUUCAAGAGAAAAUCAGGCCGAAUGCUGUAACGCUGGCAAGUGUUCUACCUGCUUGUGCAGAUUUAGCUGCAUUAAAAGUAGGGAAGGAAUUGCAUGGUAAUAUCAUAAAGAACGGGCUUGCUGAUAGGUGUCAUGUGGGAAGUGCUAUCAUAGACAUGUAUGCAAAGUGCGGAAGACUGGAUCUCGCUCAUCAUGUUUUUGGAAGAUUGUCCGAAAGAGACUCUGUUUGUUGGAACUCAAUGAUCACAAGCUGUUCCCAGAAUGGGAAGCCAGAGGAGGCCAUUGAUCUUUUUCGUUGGAUGGGGAGGACUGGAACCAAGUAUGACUGUGUGAGUGUAUCAGCUGCUCUUUCUGCUUGUGCCAAUCUACCUGCACUGCAUUAUGGAAAAGAGAUCCAUGGGUUUAUGAUAAAAGGUUCUCUCUGCUUUGAUCUUUUUGCUAGGAGCGCACUCAUAGAUAUGUAUGCAAAAUGUGGAAACUUGAGUUUUGCUCAGUGUGUAUUUGACAUGAUGGAAGAUAAGAAUGAAGUUUCAUGGAAUAGUAUCAUUGCUGCUUAUGGAAACCAUGGCCACCUUAAAGAUUGUCUUGCCCUGUUCCAUGAGAUGUUGAAAAAUAAAAUUCAGCCUGAUCAUGUCACCUUCCUAGCUAUAAUAUCUGCUUGUGGUCAUGCUGGUAAAGUUAAUGAUGGAAUUCACUACUUCCAGAGCAUGACUGAGGAAUAUGGAAUCCCAGCUAGGAUGGAACAUUAUGCUUGUAUGGUAGAUUUGUUUGGACGUGCCGGUCGCUUGAAUGAAGCUUUUAAAAUUAUAAAGAGCAUGCCAUUCCCUCCUGAUGCUGGUGUGUGGGGUACAUUGCUUGGAGCCUGUCGAAACCAUGGAAAUGUUGAGCUUGCUGAAGUGGCUUCAAGACAUCUUUUUGAUUUGGACCCACAAAAUUCUGGUUACUAUGUACUGCUUUCAAAUUUACAUGCAAAUGCUGGACAUUGGGGGAGUGUGCUGAAGGUACGAAGUCUGAUGAAGGAAAGAGGAGUUCAGAAAGUACCUGGAUACAGUUGGAUAGAGGUCAACAACACCACCCACAUGUUUGCUGCUGCAGAUGGGAGUCACCCACAUUCUAAGCAUAUAUAUUCAUUGCUGAAGAUUCUUCUUCUAGAGCUGAAAAGAGAAGGAUAUGUUACUAAUCUUUAUCUUCCAAUGCACCCACAGGGUUUAGUGUCAUGACUGUCAUUUCCACCUUUGUGCUGUCAGCCGGAUAACAGAUAAAAUCUUGCCUGUGAGCCAUGGACUGCAACAGAGCAUCAGAAAUGAGUUGCCGAAACCAUUUCUGAUCAUGUCCUCUCCUCUGCCUUAGCCCAUUCCUCCUGAGUAGCUCACUUAUUUGGUGUUUCAGGCACAGGUAACCCUGCAAGGCUGCUGAAAAGGCUAAGGCUAGGCAAUACAAGCAAUAUAUAGAAGGGGGUAUGUAUGCAGACCUGAAAGAAAGACAUGUUUAAAGGCAGUAAAUACGUCCUUCUUGCAUUAUUGGUCGAAUUAGAGCGUUAAUGUGGAAUAAGGAAUUGGCGGGCCGAACUUUUCCUUACUGCUAAUAGAUAUUCAUGCCUGGAAUCAGAUGCCAGGUAGAUAUGAAUUUAGGUUUACUGUUAGGUUGAACAGUUGAAAGCUGCACAGUUACCAUAUGUAAUUAAUAAUUUGCUUAAAGGCCAGGCAUAAAACUCUGCUUCGCUACAGGAACAAAUAGUUGAAUCAUUGAUUGAAUCAUUGAUUGGUGCAGGGUCAUUUUCUUGAUAAAGUAACAUUUGCUAUAGUCAUGGACACGAGUAUUGACAACUAAUUUUUCACACAUGCAUGGAUGACAUGCAUAUGGAAUGUUGGUUUUGUAAAGUAGACAUUGGUGUUGAGAGUAAUA